AUGGGAAAGCGACGGCGAACUCGAAGCGCAAGUCGACGUCGCAACGAAAUUAGGCAUACCGACAUCAGAACGUCAUCUCAAUGUUGCAGCUGGUUCGCGGAGGAGUACAAUCCGGCCCAGAUUGGUAGCAUCGAUGGCACGGACACGACAUUUCAUGACAAAGGACUAAUGCGGGCUUCGAAUGCUAUAUUUGACGCCUUUAAGGACCCUGAGAUCCAAGGCAAUCCAUAUGCUACCCUGUUUGUAGCAAGGCUGUCGUAUAGCACACCGGAGUCAAUGAUUCUGGAUUUCUUUAAUAAAUACGGGCCCGUUCGCCGCGUGCGGCUUGUGUGUGACAAAAAGACCAACAAGUCUAAGGGCUACGCUUUUGUCGAGUUCGAAUACGAGCGGGACUUUGAACGAGCAUACAGACACGCCCACCGACGCGUUAUCGAUGGAGCAAUGAUCCUGGUGGACUAUGAACGGAGCCGGAUUAUGAAAGGGUGGAAGCCUCGGAGACUUGGAGGCGGUUUGGGUGGUAAAAAAGAGUCGGGACAGCUUCGUUUUGGCGGACGAAAUCCACCAUUUAGGCCUCCAUCAAGACCAAUUUAG